CUAUCCCAAAUAUUAUUCAAAAUGGUGGAGAAAAUUCUGACGAAGGCGAUCAGCAUUUAUUUUCUUGUGGUAAAACUCUAAUCUACUAUAAUUCACUCAAUUUCGCCUUUUAGAUAGAUGUACAUCCACAUUUGAUAUGCCUACACCAAGGAUUAUUGUUGACGAGACCGAUAUGGUCAAACUGGUGUCGGAAUUUCUCCACAACAGGGAUCUGAAUAUCUCUAUGCUUUCCGUGGAGCGAGAGACAGGGAUAAUCAACGGCGAAUUCUCAGAUGACAUGCUCUUUCUCAGACAGUUGAUUUUGGAUGGUCAGUGGGACGAUGUAAUUGAAUUCAUUCAACCCCUUAGUUCCAUCGAGACAUUCAACUACACUAAAUUUCAGUAUAUUAUCAUGAAACACAAAUAUCUUGAACUUUUAUGCAUCAAGUCAGAGCCUAGUGUAAUGCAAAAUUAUGAUUUCACCGUGGAAGAAGUUGUUAAAUGUUUAAACAAUUUAGAGAGUGUGUGCGUUUCCAAAGAAGAUUACAAUAAUUUGUGUUUGCUGUUAACAAUUCCAAAAAUAUCUGAUCAUCCAGAAUAUCAGAACUGGAAUCCAAGUAAUGCUCGGGUAAAGUGCUUCAGAGAUGUAACACCCAUUGUGGAGAAGUACUUGACCCCUAUGGAUAAAUCCAAAAAGAGCUUGGAGACGGCUGAGGAUGACCGCCUUGUUCAGUUGGUUCUGAAGGGAAUGCUGUACGAAUCCUGUGUUGAGUAUUGUCAGCAACGAGCAACAAGCUCCGAGACUUCUGAUGAAAUGACAUUUCCCACUCUCCUUACAAAUUCUGGCUUCAGUGAUGCUGACCUCAGUCUGAUUUCAUGGUUACAGCACAUACCCAGUGACACAUUUUCUUGCCCCUUCGAGCAGAAAUCUCUUAACUUUGACAUAAAACAACUGAUUAAGCCAUCUUUGGAAGCCUCGUGGUCAGAACAAAUCUUGGUGACACCUAUCAAACCCAGGCUGUUUCCACAUUCAGCUGUCCCUAACAUGAGACCUAGAUCUGCGGAUGUCAUGACGAGAUCUUUAAACCCACAAUUUGAUGGAUUGAGUAGAGGCCUUUGGCAGGGAAGGAAGGAAAUGUCAGCCUCAUUUAGUGGACCAAAUGCACUGUCACAAUCAGUGUCUAUUGUGUCAGGUGUAGGUGUGAACAGUGCUUCGAAAGAUCCAAUGCAAAUGUCAAUGGAUAAGCUGUUUUCAGAAGGAGAGGUAGUGAACACCCAAAGCUCAGUUGCCUUUGAGAAAACGUCUCCAAGAGAGAAAGGUUCACAAGAAACACCUCAGAAGAACAAAAAUGAAACAGAGGAGGCUAAACCUAGCCCGCCUGUGGCAACGAUUGCUCCACAGGACAAACUACAGGACAAGAACAAUUCUACACCAGAGGUUGGAGAGAGCAACUCAAACUCUGAGCUGUUGAAGGAGUUCCAACGUCAGAAACAGAUCUGUAGGGACCAGAUUGAGAUGUAUGAUCAACAGAGAGAGAAAAUGUUGAAAGAGCUUAUGACAAUUGAGAACAAAAGCAGCAUGAUUGACAACAGGGAGGAGCCAGCUACAAAAGAACAAACAGUGUCUGUAUUCCCCCAAAACCCAGAUUCACCAUCCAACCAAACAAAUAAUGCAUCAAAUUUAAAUCAUACAAACUUCCAAAACAGCUCACCUGUUCAGAACAUUUCAAAUAAUCAAACAAAUUCCAGUAAAAACGAUGUCAAGAAUAUCACAGCACCUGCUCCCGAUUCCCCUCCUGUCACUAACAGACACACAGACCAGAUAACACACCCAGUGACCCCCCUCUACCAGGCUGACAGCUUGGCUAGCACACCUACUUGUGAUUUCAUUGUGGGUGGUUCUGAGCUGGGGUCAGAGAGGAGUAUUUUGACACCAUUAGGUGUAGAGGAGCUUCCCACAGCCAUACCAAAUCCUUCUUCACAUUCAAACCCAAUUCCCAAAGAUGCAGCUCCUAUCAUAGAUUCUUCAAAGCAAAUUACAGCUUCAUCUCGUGGGACAGGUCGUCCUUCCAAAUUCCUAAAUAAAUCAAUCAAGGCAAAAGACAUGCCGGCUAAUUCUGGAAGCCUUGGUCAACCAAAGACAGCAGCCAGUAGAAAAAUGGUCAAUUCUGGCACAGUGGGCAGAGGUAAACGACAGGAGGUAAAGCCCACAACUGUGCCAAAUCCAAAAUCUGCAGGGCGGGGCACCGCUGAGGUGAAGCCCACAACUGUGCCAGGUCCAAAAUCUGUGGGGCGAGGCACUGCAACAAGGCCUACGUCUUUAGACACAGGUGGGCCUGGUAAAGCCAAGAAGCUCCCUGUCCACAGUAAAGACAAUAAACAUACAGUCGGUGGUGGAGGGGGAUCCAAACCAUGUGGACCAGUUGUGUCUCAGAGUCCCAAAAAAGCCACACCACGACCGCUUAGUCAAACCAGUAUUAUUGGCAAUCAGCAGAUGUCCAGACCAAAGUUUGUGGAAAUUUGUAAUCUGGAGGAUGUUCAGGCCAUUAGAACAGUCGCCUAUCAUCCAUCAGGGACAAUGUUUGCUGUGGGCUCAAACUCCAAAACUUUACGAGUCUGUGCUUUUCCAGAUGUCUCCAAUCUCAGUGAGGAUCAUCAGACAUUUGAAACACAGACCAUGUACACCAAGCACAAGCACCACAAGGGCUCGAUCUAUUGCGUCGCCUGGAGCCCCAUGGGGGACAUCCUGGCCACGGGAUCCAACGACAAAACCAUCAAAAUGUUCCAGUACAACAUGGACAUGAAUUCACAAGGCCCUGAGACUGAAUUGUCCUUCCAUGAUGGUACAGUGAGAGACAUCGUCUUCAUGCAGGACACAAUAAAUCGGUCAUCUCUUCUGAUAAGUGGAGGAGCGGGGGAUUGUAAAAUCUAUGUCACAGACUGUGAGACAGGGAUGCCGGUCAGAGCCAUGGCAGGCCAUUCAGGACAUGUGUACUCCCUGCACACCUGGGGUGGGUGUAUGUUUGUCAGUGGAUCUGCGGACAAGACAGCACGGUUCUGGGAUCUGAGGGCGUCCACUGCAAUCACAGUGGUCCCCAGCUCAACAGGGAGUGCUUUUGCGUCUGUGUGUGUGGACCCCUCCGGUCGUCUGCUAGCCUCAGGCCACGAGGAUGGUAGUGUGAUGCUGUACGAUAUCCGAGGAUCUCGUGGAAUUCAGAGCUUCAGACCCCACACAGGGGAAUGUCGCACAGUACGAUUCUCCAUGAACGCUUUCUAUCUACUGACAGGCUCAUACGACAAGAAGAUCAUCAUGACAGACAUGCAUGGUGACUUGCUGAGGCCAUUACCCAGUGUAGUGGUAGCUGAACACCAGGACAAGGUCAUUCAAUGUCGCUGGCACCCCACUCAGCUAGCCUUCACCAGCACUAGUGCUGACAGACAGGUCACUUGCUGGGGACUACCCGUGGUGUGAUUCCUGUCUCAUGAUCAAGUCAUGUGACCUGUGGUGUGAUCAUAGUCAUGUGAUCAUUUCAUGUGGCGGACGUGGUGAAUAAUCUCAAACAUGCAAUAGCUCCAGUCACUGGUCCCAAAUUUCUAGCAUAUUCUUUAAAAAAACUAAAGAAUUUCUUUAUCUUGUUCAAUGAAUGAAAAUACUGUCUCCAUGUUGAGGUCACUUACCACAAACAAACUUUUUUCAAAAGCAAUGAAAUUAAAAAGUAAAUUUAUGUUUUUUUAAAAUUACAAUGAAUACAAUUUACCAUAUGGAAUGCAAUUUGUCGAAUGAUUUCUCAAUGAAGGGGAAAAUUUGUUCCGAGUUAUAUAAGGAGGGGUAAUAUAUUGCAAUUUUUGAACAUGAUAGAAAAUUUACAAGUCCCUUAUUUUUAAAAAAUGUUAUAUUUGUACUUACAGUAUUGCAACCAAACUAAGCGGAUUUUAUAUUUGUACUUAUUGCAACCAAACUAAGCCGAAAAAUAUACAUCAACCCAUGCAUCUUUUGUGUCCUUAAAGGGGUCUGUUUUUGUUACUGUCUCUGUGUAUAGAUUUAAGUGAUUACUGUAAACAAACUUUUGUUUGUGAAUUGCUGAUGGUAAAAGUGUUUGUGUGGAGUAAUGUUCUCCAGUGAGCCUGCAUACCGGUAUAUGCACUUAAUUAUGUUAACAGAAUGGUUUGUGGUGACAAAUAUUUACAGGUUAGUGGCACUGUAAUUUGCAUGUACUUUUCUCACUUGCGGAUUAAAGUUGGUUUUCAGUAUAAGAAAAUAAUCCAGCAGAAAAGCCGAACCCACAUACCGUAGAUUCCGAAGUAUACGCAAAGAAUUUACUACCAUGUAAGUUUGCGAGAGUUUUGCUAUAUUAAAUACUUAAGGAAUUUACAGUACACAUGUACAUACACAUUGAUAGAUUAAUUUGGACCAGGGACUUACACUUUACAUGUACAUACACAUUGGUAGAUUAGUUUGGACCAGGGAUGACACAGAGGACUGAAAUCAAUUACCUAUCUAGUUUUUAUUUGGUGCACGUUGUAAACUGCUUCUAUAUUUCUGUACGAGUGAAAGACAACCAGUGUGCACUGCCCCAGUAGUGUAAAAUAAGUACAUGUUAUAAAUGUGUUAUUCUUUCAAAUAUAGAUAUUCUUUCAAAUAUAGAUAUACUUGUACAUAUAUUUAUACAGUGUAGUAUUAAAGUCUAAUGACAGCACUAUAUAGAUACACAUGUAAUAAAUAGUAUUAAAGUCCAAUUUAUACUGGGCUACGUAGGGUUUAACAUUGUCUUCUACACAGUGCACUACAGCACUUGCUUUGCUUAAAUUCAGUAAACGGAUGUGCAGAUUUUGUGCAACUUUUUGUGGUACAUAUUUUAUUGGAUAUCUUGCAUUCAUUUUGGUAGGCACUGAGGUGUGUUUGACUUUAUUCAUAGAACUUGGUACAAACCAAUGCCAUUGGUAUCUAGUCAGUCUACAAUUUGUGUGUGUUUUUUUUUAAUAUUAUGUAUCUCUUUAAUUUUGCAGCAACCUUUUUACUUUCAAUAGUGCUUUAUGUUGAUUAUUUGAGUUAUGCUGACACGAAUAAGAAUUCGCCCCAAGUGUUUAGUUUCAUUUUUAGAUUGCUCUACACUGUAUAAUCGUCUUUACAUAAAUUAUUUGUACCAUGAUAUUCGCUUUUUGCCUGUGAUUUUUUAUGAAGGAUAAAAAUUGGCUUUCAUUUUGUUCCCUCCAUUUUUUGUGAUGGUUUUUUUUUUCAUUCCGCCCAUUUUACAAUAUUUUUUUAUUGUCAGGAGUUCACUGAUUAUUGUUUUGCAUCAUUGUCAGCUCAUUUCAGCUGCUUCUGAUUAAUAUUUGUCUGUUGUGUAUUUGUUAACUUCUCAAAUUUUUGAUAUUCUUCGCUAGAACUACUGGGUCAAUUUCAAUCAAACUUGGCUCAAAGUAUCCAAAUCUAAUUAAAAUCAGUUCUUCUCUAACUGUUACACUGGAGAACCAUUAGAAAAGAUUUGAUUUUAAUUGGAUUGAAAGUAUUCUUAAGGAGGAGUAGCUGCAAUAAUGUAGCCCUCUCUCUCUCUCUCUUUUUUUUUUUUUUUUUUUUUUUUUUUUUUUUUUUUAGGGAGAGGAACGUCAGAAUAAAAAAAAAUUGGAUAGGGCUACAUUAUUGCAGCUAAAGGAGGAGUAAUACACUAGAGAAAUCUAAUAUGGAAGAAUAGUGGAGGAUAUGUACAAUAAUAUUUUGAAAUUGAAAACUUUCAAAUUUACUUUAUUUAGUGAAAAAAUGCACUUUUUAGUAAAAAGUAACCCGAAAAUGAUUUUAAACCUCUGCUGGACUUAAAUCUGCAAUCUACAGAUCAGCAAUUGACUCGUUAACCCACUGAGCUACCCAGCUAGGCAAUCAAGUUUAAAAGGAAUAUACAAAUGUUGCUGAUUAUUUAUAUUUUCAUUUAUGUUUUAAAAGGAAGUCAACCAUUAUGAUGUUGUAGCAUAUCUCCUUAAGUAAAGGUGAUUCAAGUUUGUUUAAAUGAAGGACCUCUUCCAAAGGGUUAUACAUAUAUUGGCAAAUAGUAAAAUUAGUGCGAGGUCCUUGAAAAAUCUUCUCCAGAAUCACUCAACCAGAAAGCUUAAACUUGCAUGAAAGCAGUCUUCUGUAGUUAAAAUUUAGAGUGGUUAAUUUCAUGAACAUUUGCAACACUUGUUUACACCAUGGUCCUGCUCAAGAAUCUCAAGGGUACAAUGAAUCAAAUGAAUAUUCAAAGGACUGUCAGUGAGGACUCGACAAUUGGUCAACUAUUUCAUACUGAUCACUGACCAUAAGUAAAAUGUAAGUUUGUUCAAAUUUGACCCACAAGGCCUGGGAAUAUAACAGUUUGAUAAAAUAUUUAAAAUUUUACAUUAACUGCAGGUUUUCACUUUGUGGAUUUAAUGCGGUACAAGAAUUACCAUGUAGUGUUGGUUCAAUUUUCUUCAUUCCUUGAUAACCUGUGGCAAGGGUGUGGUCACAGCAGGGGUUUAAAAUGUCUAGGAAAAAUCUCUGAAAUUCAUCCUCUCAAGAACCACAUGGGUACCGUUUGUCAAAUUGAUCUGUGUGCAUUCGCGUGUUUAGUGGAUUUAAUCCGUGAACCAGGAACCCAAGCCGCACCACAGAAGGGUGUAAAGUUGUGCAGUUUCUGCGAUCACUGAGCGUUGUGACUCCUUUGUUAUUUAUAUUUUUUCAGUUUAAUACAUAGCAGAGAGAAGAAUUGUAAUACAUUGGAUGUGAAUUUUAUUAAGCAAAUAAUGUGCAUGUUGUACAACUUUUGACAUUAUCAAAUAGUAUGUAAUGUUUAUUGUGUUAUUCAUAGGAACCUGUUUACAUUAAAGCUCUACAUGCAGUU